AUGACCGCUCAUCUCGAACCCAUCUUCCUGUCUUCUCCUGGCCGGGAAUCCCUCGAGGAAUUCUACAAAUUGGUUUGUAUCAGACUCCUUAUUCGAAACAGACUCGCUAAGCAGGGACACGCUGAUGUCCGUCAUAGGCGAGCAUGUAGUUCUCAGCGGGAACCAGCCAAGAUGCCGCUCUUCCUAUUCUCCAGACUGACAGUGAUGAUCAGCAGUCAGCCGUGUGUCGGAAUGGUGCGUCGUGGCUCGCAAGGAGAAAGGAAGAGAUUCCUCCCAUCCGGUAUGUAGCAGAGCUAUCCUAUCCGCGCGCUAAGCCUGUAUGUCUCUCAAUCCCGCUGCUAUUCCAUAAAUCCGUGUGGCUGGGCUUCCCUCCAUCCACAAGGCUAUGUGAGGAAAUUGUAUAUUCUCUACGUGUUCACGUGAGUACAU